AUGGGGUUACCUGCUGCUCCUGUUGGGAGCGGCUGCGAGCUGCGGCCAUGCGUACGACGUGGGAAAACGACCCGCUUGGGGCGAGUCAGAGGAAACCAGCUCGAGAUGCUGGGGCGAAAGGUUGAAGAGUACCGGGGCAUCCCAUUCGCGCAGCCACCGGUGGGCCGACUUCGAUUUCUUCCGCCCAAGCCUGCGAAGCCUUGGGAUGGAAUUCUGGAUGCAACAAACAGGCGGACAGCUUGCUCGCAGGUCCGGUUUAGCAGUAUCAUGGCCAGUGAGAUCGAAUACACAGAAGACUGCCUGCACUUGAACAUCUGGAGUCCAGCUGUGUGCGACGAAGACCUUGUGCCAGUGGUAGUGUGGAUUUACGGAGGCGGCUUCACGACCGGCUGCGCGAGCUAUGGGAAACUACACUGGGAUCUGCAAUUGCUGCCAAGACUGGCCUCGUCGUCGUCUCAAUGA